GUCCUGCGUGAGUUGCCGUAGUCGUGCGUUUGUCCUUGUCUGCGUGUGUUGUGGUUUCUCUCUUGUUAGUCAUUUUAACUAAAAAACACUAAAAACAAGUUUUAUACGUCAAAGAUUUUGAUAUAUGCCUGUGGGAUAAGCUUCAGGAGUCUGGUGUUUUGUGUCUUCAUGGAUUGUGGCUCUACAUAAGCUCAGAGGAUGUUGGGCAGGCGGAUUCCCUUUAAUCAGAUAGCGUUUGCGACUCUGGUUGGAGUGGUGGGAGGUGUGUAUAUUUACAGACCCAUGUUUGAACCUCUCAGAAAACCUGCCGCUGAAGAACUCAAGCCUGAUCCGGAAGAGAUGAGAACUGCAGGACAACAUCAGGACACUGGAGCUCCAGAAACACAGACACAUAGAGACUGAAUGAGACUCAAUGCUGCAGGGUUUCUAUUGCUGUUUUCUUUGUAAUGAUGUCUCUAGAAGGUUUUGAGUGAAAAUGCAUCAUUGGCAAUGCAAAUAAAUAAAUAAAUGCUAUAUAUUUAUAUUCUA